UCUUCGAUGUAAACAAAGUAGUCACCGCAACACGUGCUCGCGUUGAAGCCAGAUUUAAACUCAAAAAGUUAGCUACAUAGUUGGAUUGAAAAUGCCAGAAGGUCCAGAGCUGCAUCUUGCUAGCCAUUUUGUCAAUGAAGUUUGCAAAGGUCGAGUUUUCGCUGGACCGAUCGUCAAAUCGGAAGUUAGCACGAAAAACCCUGACAUUCCAUGGCCGGCGGAAGCUUAUACAAUCAGUGCAACUUCUCGUGGGAAGGAAGUUCGCUUGACUCUCACCUCAACGGAUACGCAAAAAACGAAGAGCAAAAAACCAAAACCAAAUGAAUCCAUUAACAUUUUGUUUAGAUUCGGAAUGUCAGGUAAAUUUCAGUUCACUGCAGUCAAUGAGAUGCACAAGCAUGCUCAUCUUAAUUUCUUUACCAGAGAUGAGCCGAAGCAGGUGUUGAGUUUUGUCGACUACAGACGCUUUGGACGCUGGGAAGUCACGGAUAGUUGGGGUGCUGACAGGGGACCGUGCGUUAUGUUUGAAUAUGACAAAUUCAGGGACAAUGUGUUGAAUAAUUUGAAAAAUGCUGCAUUUAACAAGCCAAUAUGCGAAGCACUGUUGAACCAAAAGUUUUUCAAUGGUAUUGGAAACUAUCUGAGAGCAGAAAUUUUAUACAGGCUGGGAAUCCCUCCAUUUGAAGGUGCUCGCUCUGUCUUGGAGCCACUGACCCAUGACAGCAAAGUGAAAAAGGAGAUACCAGAUAUUCUUGAACUUUGCAAUAUUCUACCUCAUGAAGUUAUAAAUCUAGGUGGAAAAGGCUAUGAUCCUGAGGGAAGAUCUGAUGAUUAUGAUGCAUUUGCCAGUUGGCUGCGUUGCUACUACAACACCAGCAUGAAUAACAUGGUUGAUCAUAAUGGUAGAACUAUAUGGUUCAGUGGACCAGCUGGCCCAAUGACCCCUAAAGAGGAAAAAUCAAGAGGUGUAAUAAAAAGGGCAAAAGGCAAAAAGUAUGAAAUUAAAAAGGAAGAAGAAAAUUCGGAAGUGGUGGACACGAAAACUAAGGUCAAAAAGCCAUCUAGAGGGAGAAAUAAAAAGUCGCCUCCAGUAGCCACAGACAAGCCAAGAGGUAGAAAGAAAUUAAAGAGUGUGGGACCAAACAAUGAUUCAAUUAAACAAGAAAAUAGAGGAAGUUCCAACAGAGUUACAAGAAGUUCUGUGAAAAAGACAGUUGGGACUAACACUGAUUUGAAACAAGAACAACAACCACGCACAUCUUUAAGAACUAAGAAGAGGAGUUCAAACACUACACAAUCUACUGCCAUCUCAAAUGGGAUAAGCAGUUUAAAGCGUGCAAAAACCUCGUCUGUGGAAACAGCAGAAAUGCCAACUACAGCACCCAAACCCAAAAGGAGAUCUGCCAAGGGUCACUAAACACUUGCUCCAAGUGUCAGUUAUUUUCAUAACAAGAGGGUGUAUUACAUGUCAGUACAAGACCCCAAUCUUUGCAUUUUGGUAAUUGUCAGCAUGUUUUUUAUUGAGAUUAUGUACGUGAGUCACUUUAACUCUUAAUGUUUGACUUAGUAACAUCAGUAGAGGGUUAUUAAACACGCUUAAAAAGAGUGAAGAUGUGGAGAAGAACAACCUUAGAAAAGUAUUUUAAAUCUGAAUUCAAACAAUGAUUAACUACCCAGUGUCUUGUUGGGAUACAUUGAAGUGCAUGAAUCUCCCUGUAGUAAUACACUGUACCUUUACAGAAAAGAAAAACAUUACAACCAAGUACUGGUAAUGCAAUUAAUAAACCAGAGGAAAAUGUAGUUUAGGUACAAACUUUUGUAGAGGGUAGUAUGUGAUAAUGAAAUAUGCAUGCUUCAAACAUUAUUGUCAUAAGUUAACAUUUUACAAUUUUUAUAUUUUUGAAAAUAUUAAAAUAAACAACUCAGAUUUUUAAGAAUGAAGAAUUUUGGUAUUAUUUUUUCCUUAACUGGUUGACAACAAACAUUUAACAAAAUUGAGUAACUUGAUGUUAAAAGUAUUUGCUAUAAACUUAAUAAGCCACAAUAUGAA